GCAUUUUUGAAUGUCUCGUCCGCGACGCGGGAGCAAAGACGUUGUGCACAUUAGGACCAAUCAGAGACGCAGACGCAGCCCGUGCACCCCCUCGUGGUCGUGCUCCCGCACUUCGGGCGCGCUAAGCCCGACCCCAAGCAACUUAUCAAGCGCCCUGGCAGCCGCCUGUCCAAUUGCUAUCCGUCUGCAUGGCACUCCACUUCGCGUGUCGUCCUCGUCUUUUUCUGUCUGGAGAGCAGAAACGCGGAGCAAAAGGAAAGGCGAGCCUUGGCUGACCACACUGCAGGCCAUAUAUCCGUCGUCCACCCAUGCCCGACCACCAGUCUCAGCAGCCUACGCGCGCAUCAUUUGCUUUAAUUAUACCGGCCUCUACCCAGAUACCGGGCGCGCUUUAGCCUUUUGAUCCUUCUUUACUCGUAUGACGGAUCCGACCACAGAGGCCUGUUUCCAUACCAGAAAGAGUGUGAGGAAGCUCUUCGCCGAUGCCUUCCGCGCCGAAGGUGGGAAAUUCAGCCUACCAUGAUGCCAACAGCGUCUAUACGCACAUUGCCGACCCCAAUGAGCGGCGACGGAUGGCCCUUGCAGAGGUGGAUAAAGCGCCUUUCGGAUGGUAUCAUGUCCGCCUAGCCGUCGUCACCGGUAUCGGCUUCUUUACAGAUGCCUACAGUCUGUUCGCCAUCAACUUGGCCGUCAUCAUGCUUGGCAUUGUAUACUGGCAAGACGAAGUCAACAAGGGCGUCAUGCCACACAGCGCAGACACAGCCAUCAAAGUCGCUACAUCCGCAGGAGCCAUUUUUGGUCAAUGUGUUUUUGGGUUUCUCGCCGACGUUCUUGGACGGAAGAAGAUGUACGGUGUCGAACUCAUGAUCAUCAUCUCUACGACCCUCGCUCAAUCACUCUGUGGAGAGUCGAACGCCGUAUCCGUCGUGGGGGUCCUCAUUUUCUAUCGCGUCGUCAUGGGUGUUGGCGUAGGAGGCGACUAUCCCCUCAGUGCUGUGAUAACUGCAGAGUUUGCCAGCACGAAACACCGAGGUGGCAUCGUAGCGGCCGUCUUUGCCAUGCAAGGUCUUGGGCAACUGGCGGCAUCACUCGUGGCACUAAUUGUCACCGCUAUCUACAAGGAUCACCUCGUGACCGUCCCUUCGGUGGCUGCAUGCAGCGGCGACUGCAUGGCUUCGGUAGAUCGGAUGUGGAGGAUACUGAUCUCAUUUGGAGGUAUCCCGGGCUGGUUUGCGCUUUACUACCGUCUGACCAUUCCGGAGACGCCAAGAUACACGUUCGACGUGCUGUACGAUGUCGAGAAAGCCUCAAUGGAUGCCCGCCGGUACCGCUAUGGAAAGCAAGGCAACACCGUGAACCCGGUCGAACAAGCGCAUGUGCGCCGCGACAUGGCCAAAUAUAAGACACCCCGUCCAACGGUCAUGGAAAUCGUCCGUUUCUACCGUCAGAAGUCAAACUUCAUCAAGCUCUUCGGAACCUCGUUCUCAUGGUUCUUUCUUGACCUGGCGUUCUACGGGUUGGGCUUGUCGUCUGCUUCUUUACUCGCCACUAUGGGCUUUGACAAGAAGGCGAAUCUAUAUGAGGCUCUCAAGAACACAGCAACCGGCCAGCUUGUCCUCAUUUGCGCCGGGGCCAUACCCGGCUACUGGAUGACCGUCUUUACCGUGGACAAAAUAGGAAGAAAGCCUAUUCAAAUCGGUGGAUUUGCCAUCCUUACCGUCAUUUUCUGCAUCCUCGGGUUUGCUUGGCGGGGUCUCUCACAGAUUGAUCUCCUCGUUCUUUAUGUCCUUGCUCAGUUUUUCUUCAAUUUCGGGCCGAACGCAACGACUUUUAUCACGCCUGCUGAAAUCUUCCCGACGCGCGUCCGCUCGACGGGCCAUGGUAUCUCCGCUGCCCUAGGCAAGCUCGGCGCCGUAAUCGCUCAGGUCUUCUUCGCGCCUAUGAUCAAACGCGGGGCGACGCAUGACAACCCAACGCCCUGGAUUCACGGAGUCAUGCAGAUCUUCGCUCUCUUCAUGUUCUUGGGUAUGUUGGUGAGCCUGCUGGUACCUGAGAGCAAGAGCGCGAGGCUGGAGGAGUUGAGUGGCGAGAAGGAAGACGUGUACGAGUUACAGUUCCGCAGCGGCUUUUACACCGGGAGUGAUAGAGGUGGUGCGAGGGGAAGAGGCAUAGCAAGAGGUGGGAUAGGGAGAGGGGUGGGCAGAGGAAGAGGCGCAGGCGAUGCGGAUGGGGAAGGGGAUGUGGAGAAGGGGAAGUGGUGGAAGUUAGGAUGAACGAAGCAGACGAAGCAAUGGCACGAUUAAAUUCUUUUUCUGUGUUUAUAUUAAGCGAGUUUCUGUAGAAUAUCUCUAAUAGGCUAAGUAAAGAUAUUAGACUAACU